GAUGGAUCACCUAAGUUCGGAUAACAUUUUCUCGAGAUAAAAACAGGUGAGAGUAGCAGAGACGUAGAACAAAAAAUUGGUUUAUUUGCAUCGAGCUCGUGUACGCGAGUGAAGAUGGAGAUUGCUUCAUUUUCCUUUCUUCUUCUUCUACCUCUAAUCUUCACCGUUCUUAAGCACAUCAGUUCAUCUUCAAAACAGCCGCCACUUCCUCCGGGUCCAAAUCCAUGGCCGAUUCUUGGAAAUCUCCUUCAAAUUGGUCAAAACGCCCACAUUUCAAUGACCCAAUUCUCUCAUAUCUACGGCCCUCUAAUCUCCCUCAAGCUCGGAGCUCAGCGCCUGGUGGUUGCUUCUUCUCCGGCCGCCGCCGCCGCCAUUCUCAAGACUCAAGAUCGCCUUCUAUCUGCUCGAUAUAUUCUUCAAAUGACCCCUGAUCGAGCUCUGCACGAUAACUGCUCGCUUCUUUUCUCACCGGAAUGCGGCGAUCGUUGGAAGAAUCUGAGAUCCAUUUGCAGAGCCAAAUUGUUUACAGCGAGAGCGAUCGAAUCCCAAGCCAGUUUGAGAAGGAAGAAGAUGAAGGACAUGGUGGAAUUCUUGCAGUCAAAACAGGGAUCUGUGGUGGAGAUCAAAGAAUUUGUGUUCAUUACUGUUUUCAACACUCUUUCUAAUUUGAUCUUCUCGAGGGAUUUGGUUGAUUUUGUGGGUGAUGGGUUCAAUGGGAUUAAAGGGCCUUUCAAGAACAUGAUCGAUUUGGGUUUGAUCCCAAAUUUAGCUGACUUUUACCCUCUGCUUAGAAGCUUCGAUCUUCAAGGACUUCGAAAGAAAGCUGCCAUCUAUAAGAACCAAAUCGACUCUUCGUCGGAAAUUCUUAUUAAAGAACGAAGAACAAUUCAUAGUCGAGGUGUUUCAGCUGCGAGCGAUUUCUUGGAUAUUUUGAUCGAAAGUGGAUUUACCAAUGAACAAAUUAGCUACUUGAUUCUUGAAGUGUUGUUGGCCGGCACGGAUACAACGACCACGACGGUGGAGUGGGCGAUGGCGGAGCUGAUGAAGAACAGAGACAUAAUGAACAGAGUGCGAGAGGAAACAAAGAAGGCACUAAACGGAGGCGCCAUUGACGAAUCAAAGCUCUCUGAGCUUCAUUAUCUAUGGAAAUGCGUGAAAGAAACUGUACGGCUGCAUCCGCCUGCGCCAUUUCUUCUUCCACGGUAUGCUCCAGAAGCUUGUGAGCUUAUGGGGUACUCUGUUCCUAAACACACCAUGAUUUUUGUGAAUGUUUGGGGGAUUGGGCGAGACCCUUCAAUCUGGGAAGAUCCUCAAUCGUUCAAACCAGAAAGAUUUGAUAGCUCUGAUGCAGAUUUGAAGGGUCAUGAUUAUCGGUUUCUGCCAUUUGGAGGAGGCAGAAGGACUUGCCCUGGGCUUCCCAUGGCGGCGGUGCAAGUGCCUUUAAUCUUAGCCACCUUAAUUCAUAACUUUGAAUGGUGCCUUCCAAAUGAUGAGGAUGCGUCAACGCUGGAUUUGAAUGGAAGGCUUGGUAUAACGUUGCAGAAGGAAGAACCUCUUAAGCUCGUCCCCAAAAAGAGGAACUGAUAUU